UAUUUUAUAACAGUAAUGUCAAUUUGCAACAUACCAAACAAUCAUUCAAAACUUCUUCAACAUACAAACACCUUUAUAUAAAUCAAUAUUCCCAUGACAUAAAAAUCAAAAAACAAACCCAUCCAUCCAUCAUCACUAAUGAAAGGCCCUUAUACUCUUACUCUACAAUUUUGCAUUCUCUUCAUUUCCAUUCUCAUUUCUAUCAAUCCCUCACACCAAUCUCUACCACCAUUAAAUCCAAGGCUCUCUAAAGCUUACACAGCACUCCAAGCAUGGAAACAAACAUUCACCUCUGACCCAAAAAACUUCACCUCAAAUUGGUAUGGCCCAAAUGUUUGCAACUACACAGGAAUCUACUGUGCACCAGCACCAGAUGAUUCUUACAUCUAUACAGUUGCUGGAAUAGACAUUAACCAUGCAAACAUAGCAGGUUCAUUACCAGAACAACUCGGUCUCUUAACAGACUUGGCCCUUUUCCACAUAAACUCCAAUCGAUUCUGCGGUUCGCUCCCAUAUAAUUUCACCUACCUUCAACUUCUCCAUGAAUUAGAUAUCAGUAACAACAAAUUCUCAGGCAAAUUUCCUGAAGUUGUUCUCUGCAUUUCUUCAUUAAAAUACUUAGACAUAAGAUUCAAUGAUUUUCAAGGUGAUAUUCCUGACCGCCUUUUUGAUCUCAAACUCGAUGCACUUUUUAUUAACAACAACAAAUUCCAAUUCUCAUUGCCUGAAAAUUUUGGAAACAUUUCUGCUUCUGUUGUAGUGUUUGCAAACAAUGAAAUCAAAGGUUGUGUUCCAUCAAGUGUGGUUAAAAUGAAAGAUACAAUUAAUGAGAUUAUUAUUAGGAAUAGUGGAUUAAAGGGUUGUUUGCCAAAUGAAAUAGGGAAAUUGGAUAAAGUUACUGUUUUUGAUGUUAGUUUUAAUGAGUUGGUUGGUGAAUUGCCUGAAAGUAUUGGUGAUAUGAAGAGUUUGGAGCAAUUAAAUGUGGCAAAUAAUAGAUUUUCUGGUGUGAUUCCAGAGAGUAUAUGUAGGUUGCCAAGGUUGGAGAAUUUUACGUAUUCGUAUAAUUACUUUUGUGAAGAAUCGGAAACGUGUGUUAAGUUGAAAGUUAAGGAUGAUAGGAAAAAUUGUAUUCCUUAUAGGCCAUUGCAAAGGUCCAUUUAUGAAUGUGAAACUUUUUAUAAACAUCCUCUUCAUUGUACUGGUUUUGGUUGUUCCUUUACAACUGCGCCGCCGCCUCCACCACCACCGCCUCCACCACCGCCUCCGCCUCCACCACCACCGCCGCCUCCGCCUCCACCCCCACCACCGCCUCCGCCACCGCCGCCUCCGGCAGUUUAUUACCAUUAUCUCUGAUGACGUGACAGAGAUAAGAGGUUCUGAUUUUUUAUUUUUUUUGGUUAUAAAUUGGUCUGUUCUUUAUUGGAGAUAUUUUUAAAGAAUUAGAGUGUUUACAUGUUGAUAUAUGUUUUUUUUUUUCUUGUAAAAAUAAAAUAUAAAAACAUAGGAAUUUAGCUAUAUUUGCAAUUCUAGCGUUUGGAUGGAAGGUUAUUCAGGGAGGCUUGUUUUGAAAUUGAGGACAUUGGAGUUUAUUUUAUAAGUGUCAUUGCAUGUAUAAGACCACAGUUAAAUAUUGUGCAUAUGAUAUUUGCUAAUUAAUACUACUAAUACUACUAUUUUCUA